GCUGCAAUUCUUGAAGAUGUUGUGCAAAGGCGCGGUGCCCUGGGAGAAACGGUGCACGAAGAGAGUCCCCAACAGGCGCUUGCCGUAGUGGGAUGAGUGGCAGAUGCAGGCGAGGUGCACCACCGCGUGUCCACUGGAGUGGCGGGACACCCGGACCGCGGUGUCUGGGUCUGAAGCAGCAUCAGAGGGACCGGAUGGGUUCCCUGAGCUUGUGUGCGGGGCAGGGAGCCCCUCGGAAGCGGAGGCAGCUGACACCUGACGAACAGGGGGGCGCUGUGACCACAGUCUCCCAGAGGGAGCGGAUGAAGCGCAAGGCUCCCCGUGGCUCUCUAAAGCGAGUCUUCAAGCCACAGAAGCCUCAACUUGGUCUGGAGAAAAGUGGCGAUUUCCUGGUUCAUCUCAGCUGUUUACUGUUUGUUCGUCGAUCAGCAGAAGAGUCCAGGACAAACGCUUGUGAAAAGAAAUGGAGAGUCACUAACAAGGAGCAUGUGCUGGCCGCAGCAAAGGUAAUUCUAAAGAAGAGCCCGGGUUAGAAGUCAAAGAACAUAUUCUUGAAAGUUAUUCUGAUGCAUUCUUGUGGGUGGUAACAGGUCAUAAAGACGUGUUUUUACACAUCAAUUACUAUGGGAUUAUUAAAUAUUGGCUAGAAG